UUUGUGUGAUAAUGGAUGGAUUAGUGAGAGUUCUCUUUCUUUUAUUGCUCGUGUUUCUAAGCGUUGAAACCAUUCAAUCCACUUUUUACGAUGGAGAAGCGAAGCUGGUUUGCAUAGAAAGGGAGAGGGAAGCCCUCGUCAACUUCAAACAAGGCCUCGUAGAUCCAAUCAAUCGGCUCUCUUCUUGGGUGGGCCAUGAUUGCUGUAGAUGGAGCGGAGUAGGCUGCAACAAUAGAACAGGACAAGUCAUCAAAAUCAACCUCCGUAACCUCCUUGGAGACCCAACCAAUCCUCUAUAUGAAGAAAACAUUAACUCGUACUUAUCUGGUGAGAUAAAUCCUUCUUUGCUUGAGUUGAAUCAUUUGAAUUACUUGGACCUCAGCUGGAAUGAUUUUGGAUCCAAGUCCAUCCCGAAAUUCAUUGGUUCAUUCAAGAAACUUAGACAUCUUAAUCUCUCAAAUGCUGGCUUUGCUGGAACAAUUCCCCAUCAUCUCGGUAAUCUCUCUAGCCUGGUUUAUCUCGAUCUUCAUUCAGACUAUCGUAUUUGGCCUACUCUGGAAGUUGAUAACCUUCAAUGGCUUUCUCGUCUUUCUUCUCUGCAACACCUUGAUAUGGGAAUGGCUACCCUCAAUCAGUCCAAUGGUUUGUUUCAGGUCUUUAAUAUGCUUCCUUCUCUUUCCGAGCUACGCCUCUCCAAUUGUGAUCUUCCUAACAUUACUACUUCUAUUCCUUAUGUUAAUAUCACAUCCCUUUCAGUGCUUGAUCUCUCCAAAAAUUUUCUCGGCCCAAGAAUUCCAGAUUGGUUGUUCAAUCUCAGCAGCCUAGAGCAUCUUUAUCUCGAAUGGAAUCGUUUUCAAGAUCCAAUUCCAAGUGCUCUUGGCAAGCUUUGCAAUUUGCGCACUUUAGAUUUCUCAAACAACUUGAACAGGGGAGAGAUAUCUGGAUUUGUAGAAUGUUUAUCUGGAUGCAUUCAGGAAAGUUUAGAGACACUGAGAUUGGCAUCAAAUGGGCUUGGUGGGUAUUUUCCUGAUUGGUUAUUGCAUCAUAAAAAUCUUAAAACUCUUGAUCUCAGCAAAAAUUCACUAUAUGGCCCUAUUCCUCAAUCUCUUGGAAAAUUUUCAUCCUUGAAGGAUUUGUAUCUUAGUCACAACAACUUGAAUGGGUCUUUGCCCGAGAGUCUUGGACAACUUUCAGAACUAAUCAAUCUCGGGAUAUCUUCUAAUUCAUUGGAGGGCAAUGUGUCAGAAGAACACUUUGCCACUCUAACCAAAUUGGAAUCAUUAGAUAUGUCCUCCAAUUCAUUAGUUCUUAAAGUUAGCUCCAAUUGGAUUCCUCCUUUUCACCUCAAAUCUAUCAAGAUGAGGUCCUGUCGAGUUGGGCCCCUGUUUCCUGCAUGGCUACGUGAGCAAAGAGACAUUUUCAAACUUGACAUGUCCAAUGCACAAAUUUCAGAUUCUAUACCAUACUGGUUUUGUAACCUGUCUUCUCAAAUCUCCUACUUGAAUCUUUCUCACAACCAAAUCAAUGGUGAGAUUCCAAAUUCAUUGGAGUUUGCACUUCGGGCCAUGAUUGAUUUAAGUUUCAACCGCUUUAUAGGCUCAUUGCCUCACUCAUUUCUUAGUGCAAGAUUUCUCGAUCUCUCCAACAAUUCAUUUUCCGGACCCAUCCCCAUAACCUUUGGUGAAACAUCUGCUACUUUCUUAUCACUUUCUCAUAACAAUUUAAAUGGUAGCAUUCCAGUUUCUUUAUGUAAAACGGUGACUUUGUGGAACCUUGAUCUCUCAUACAAUCAGUUAACCAAAGAACUUCCUAGGUGUUUGGGAAAUUUGACUGAAUUGGUAACAAUGGAUUUGGCAAACAAUAAUAUACGUGGACGUAUUCCUGAAUCUUUGGGUGUUAUACCUACACUUGAAUGGUUGCGUCUGCAUAGCAAUGCUUUUUCAGGUGAGCUCCCUACAUCAUUGAGAAAUUGCACCCAAUUGAGAGCUGUCGAUUUUAGUGAGAACAAAUUCUCUGGAAAAAUACCAACAUGGAUAGGAGAACGCCUAUCAAAACUCCAGAUUCUCAUCCUUCGGUCGAAUAUGUUUUCCGGAACUAUUCCUCCACAGCUAUGUCAUCUUACUUCUCUUCAGAUCUUGGAUCUCGCACAUAACAAGCUAUUAGAAGCCAUACCAAGGUGUUUUAGCAAUUUCAGUGCCAUGGCUACAAAGGAGCAUGAAAGUGGAACGAUUGUGAGCGCGAUAUAUGGAGGAGAAGACGGAUGGUUAUAUUAUGAGGAGAACAUAACGGUGGUUACCAAAGGAAUGAAACUUGAUUAUACUAAGAUUCUUUCCCUUGUAACUGUGAUAGACCUCUCAAGCAAUCAUUUAUCUGGAGAGAUCCCUGAAGAAUUAGUAAGUCUAUCCGGGCUGCAAGGUUUGAACUUGUCUAGAAAUCAUUUGGUGGGAAACAUUCCAAAAAAUAUUGAUGGCUUGCGACAGUUAGAGUCUCUUGAUCUGUCAUGGAAUCAACUUUCUGGUGCUAUUCCACAGAGCUUGUCAGCGUUAAAUUUUUUGAGCAGCCUCGAUCUCUCACAUAAUAACUUGUCCGGGCAGAUUCCGUCGGGCAGCCAGCUCCAGACUUUUAAUGAUCCCUCCAUUUAUAAUAGCAACCUUGAUCUUUGUGGGCCUCCACUUCCAAACAAGUGCCCAAAAGAUAAAACAUCUCAAACUCCGGUGCCCAUGGGCAAUGGAGUUGACAAAGAGGAGGAAGAAGGGUUCAUGUGGGUAUGGUUUUUCACUAGCAUGGCAUCGGGAUUCGUGGUAGGAUUUUGGGGAGUCUGUGGCGUUUUAAUCUUCAAGAAGUCAUGGAGGAUUGCUUAUUUUCAACUUUGUGAUAAAAUGAUGGAUAAGAUCUUCAUGGCAUGGAUGACAAAGGUGGCUAAGUUGAGGACAAUGCUACAAGACAGGAAGUGA